AAGGGCUGGGCCGCGCUCACCAGAAGUCCCCGGAGCAGCGACGGGGCUGAGAAGGAGCGGCAGCGGAAGCUGCGGGCACCCAGCAGACAGUGGGUGCCAUGGAGUCGGAACCCUCGCUGUCCCCCACGCUUUCCCGCUCCAUCAAGGAGGAGCUGCUCUGCGCCGUCUGCUACGACCCCUUCCGGGAUGCCGUGACGCUGCGCUGCGGCCACAACUUCUGCCGCGAGUGCGUGACCCGCUGCUGGGAGGUGCAGACGACGCCCACCUGCCCAGUGUGCAAGGACCGGGUGGCGCCCGCCGACCUGCGCACCAACCACACCCUCAACAACCUGGUGGAGAAACUGCUGCGCGAGGACACCGAGGGCGGGCCACGGGUGUGGAUAAAGCUCAGGAAACCUGGAGCUGGGCACCCGCAGGCUAAGUGCAGGAACAUGGAGCACUCGCUGCGGGAGAAAGCCAAGGCCUUCUGGGCCAUGCGGCGCUCUUAUGAGGCCAUUGCCAAGCACAAUCAGGUGGAGGCUACCUGGCUGGAAAGGAGAAUCCGGCAGGAGUUUGAAAAGCUUCGAGAGUUCUUAAGAGGGGAGGAGCAGGCCAUCCUGGAUGUCAUGGCUGAGGAGGCGAGGCAGAAGCAGCAUUUGGUGGAGGAGAAGAUGAAGCAGCUCAAGAAAGACACAGAGACUCUAGCCCAUGAGAUUGAGCGGCUGCAGAUGGAGAUGAAGGAAGAUGAUAUUUCUUUUCUCAUGAAACACAAGAGCCGAAAACGCCGCCUCUUCUGCACCAUGGAGCCAGAGCCUGUGCAGCCUGGCAUGCUGAUCAACGUUUGCAAGUACCUAGACUCCCUGCAGUACCGUGUCUGGAAGAAGAUGGUCAUGUCUGUUGAAACUGUGCCCUUCAGCUUUGAUCCCAACACCGCGGCGGGCUGGCUGGCUGUGUCUGAGGACCUCACCAGUGUCACCAACCACGGCUACCGAGUGCAGGUGGAGAACCCGGAGCGCUUCUCCUCGGCGCCCUGCCUGCUGGGCUCCCGCUCCUUCUCCCACGGCUCCCACGCCUGGGAGGUGGACCUGGGGGGGCUGCCCAGCUGGCGGGUGGGCGUGGUGCGCAUGUGCCUAGAAACUGGCCCCGAGGGCUACUCCCACAGCUGCUACCAGGACACUCGCUCUGGUUUCUGGUACCUGUGCCGCACGCAGGGAGUGGAGGGCGACCACUGCGUGACCUCAGACCCGGCCACCUCACCACUGGUCCCCUCCAUCCCACGCCGCCUGCGUGUGGAGCUGGAAUGUGAGGAGGGCGAGCUGUCCUUCUACGAUGCGGAGCGCCAGUGCCACCUCUACACCUUCCAUGCCCGCUUUGGGGAGGUGCGGCCCUACUUCUACCUGGGGGGCACCCGGGGGAACGGGCCCCCCGAGCCUCUGCGCAUCUGUCCCCUGCGCAUCACUGUCAAGAAGGAGCUGGAUACCUGAGGCCGGCGGGGAGCCUGCCAGGUGCUGCCCAGGUGUUCUGCCAUGGUCCUGCUUUCUUUCUGUCCCUCUUUCUCAAGCCCACACUCACCUGGACACCUCUAGGUCCUGCUUUGUUGCCAGGAUCUUGCUACUAACUGUCUAACCCUUUUCCGUGGCUCCAGACCCCAAGCCCCCCUCUUCAUUUUUGGUCUUUUCUGUGCCCACAGUUGAACGUCAUCCAGGAGAUAGCUUACUGGCCAGGCUCUCCCCAGAGUCCUGGCAUCUUCGGGAUGUGAAUUUCCUUCCUUCUAACUCCAGGAUUUCUGGGGACAAAGUUUGCCGCUAG